CAAUAAUUAUAAGAAGAAUCUUAUUAUCAUCAUGAAGUCAUUGAGCAGAGUUUCUUUCCUUAUCCUUGCCACCGUCGUCUUCCAUCUCUUCUCCUCCGCUUCCGUCGUCGAAACGCAUGGAGUUGUACUUGAUAAUGGAACUGCGGUGGUCACACCCCCGACCGCGUUUUGUGUGCCAACGGAGCAAGCUUCCAAUGCUGAAUUGCAGAAAGCCUUGGAUUUCGCGUGCGGCCAAGGCAUUGAUUGUGGUCCGAUUCAGCCGGGUGCCGCAUGCGGUGAUCCACCCACCGUCAGGUCUCGUGCCGCAUUCGCCAUGAAUUCUUACUACCGCUCUCAUGAAGGCAACCCUAGUUUUUGUGAUUUUAAUGGCAUUGGUAGAGUAAUCAGCGAGAAUCCAAGCUAUGGGAAUUGCAAAUAUAUUUGAAGAACUGAAAGAGAAAAGAUCGGUUAUGACAGGAGAUUUUGCUUUGUUAUAAAUAAUUCCUGAAAAGGAUCAAUUUAGUUCCUAAAUGUUAUUAGGAAAAAAAUCAUAAAAAAUAUUAAUUAUUAUUUUUCUAAAUAUUAAU